UCUCUGGCGCUCGAUGGCAGCAGCGUCACGUUGCCUCCCCAGCUGACCGGAAUUAUAACGCCACCUUUUGUAAAACACACACACCGCCCCCCCUCCAACAUUCUUCUAUCCUCCCCGUCCUGCGGGCACCAGGACCGGCUGCUGGGCGUCUGUCUCGCGCCUGGCCGGUUGGAUGUUAUUUUUAGUGUCCGGUUGGUUCGUGUUGCAGUGUGGGGAGUCAGGGUAGCUCACUUUCCUCUACAGCCCAACCGGGAGACGCUCACGCGGAGUUAGGAGAAACCUGGGAGAAUAACGGAUAUAACAGAUACGGGCCCUCCGUGAGCCUUAACCGGCGGAAUAACAAGCCCAGCUGUCCGGUUGAAAUUAAGGGACAACAUUACCGAGCUUUUCGGAGCCAGGAUAUUUAAACCCCACGAACACACCGUAGCCAAAUUAAGCCAUUAUAAGAGAUGGCCAGCACCGGGGCUGAGCGCGAAGAUCCUCACCUUCCCCGGGACGAACCGAGACAUCCCGAGACUGCAUUCAGAGAGGCGCAGAAGUGGAUCGAGGAGGUGACGGGAAAAAGUUUCGGUGAGAAGGACUUCCGGAGCGGCCUGGAGAACGGGAUCCUGCUCUGCGAGUUACUGUGUUCCAUCAGACCAGGUUUGGUCCAGAAAAUCAACCGACUCCCCUCGCCCAUCGCUGGACUGGACAACCUGUCAGUGUUCCUCAGAGGCUGUGAGGAGUUGGGUCUGAAAGGUUCCCAGCUGUUUAAUCCGGGAGACCUUCAGGACACCUCCAUACAAGCCAACCUCAGCCUUCGUCUCAAAGACAUGGUGAAACCACAUGGACUGUGGGUAACUCCAACCCGGUUUAACAGCCUUCGUCUCAAAGACAUGGUGAAACCACAAGACUGUGGGUAA